AAAUAGAGGGGAAGAGAAAAUUAAGAUGGAGAUCAAUCUAAUUCCUCGCAUUCUUAAUCCUAACCCUAAUUUGUAGCUUCCCCGAGAUUCCCCGAAGACCAAUGGAUCCCCUCCUCCCAUCGUUGGAGGAGCGUCAGCUUCUGGUCUCGUCCUUUCUCCAGAUUGUCGUCGGCCAGACGACCGCCAUCGCCACUCAAUUCCUUCAAGUACGCCGGCUUUGUGCAAAAGAAGCAAGAUGGAAUCUUCACGACGCUAUUCGACUAUUCUUCUAUGUCAAAGACAGCGGUGGGGUUUCAUCGCAUUCCAUGCCUCCGCCGACCAAUGGAAAUCUCAGUGAACUGGAGAGCUCUAUUGGCAACAUAAGUUUUGUGCGAGAUGAUCCAGUGGAUGAAGCUCGACCUUCGUCGUUAGCUAGGCUUCAAUCAGGUCAAGUGGUUGCACCCUGCAAUGAUGAUUCAGUAUCAAGACGAUCUGCUGUGCGGGGAUCAAAAGAAAGUGCACCGUCAACGGUUUCUCUUCCAUUUCCAGAGAAAGGUUCAACGGCGAAUCAUAUGUCUCUCUGUCAGAAACGUCCAAGAGAAUAUGAUUCUGUGUUCACGAACAUACAAGACACUGAGGAUCCUUCUAAGAGGCAAUGCCUACUCGACAAUGAACCUAACCGGGAUAAAAAUGGUGGCGCCUUCUCAAGUGGAAAGCUGGCACAUCGUAUUCUCCCGGAAGAACCGAAGGAUACAAAAGAAGUUUGUAGAAUUCGGAUUCGUCUCCCUGAUGAUGGGCGUUUUAUUCAGAGGAACUUUCUUCGAACUGACCCAAUAGAGCUUUUGUGGCCUUUCUGUUCUUCGCUUCUAGAGAAUGGGCAAGGCCACGGCCGCGGUUUCCACUUCACUCAAGCCAUUCCCGGUGCAUCGAAAAACCUAGAAUACAAUAGCAACCUAACUUUCGAAGAAGCGGGGUUAUCAGAUUGGGUGGUUACCUUGGUUUUGGAUUGAAAAACAGUUUGUCAACAAGGAAGGUUUAUGUAAUGUCACCUUGUGCAUAGCCACCAAAAUAGAUUCUUGUUUUCGAAGUUGUUUGGUCGCAUUGAAGCCAUGGGUCGAUCUAGACCUGACGAGCUCGAUUGUAAAUGGCCAAGUUCUUCCAAAGCUAUUGAAUGACACUGGAAUGGAUCAAAACUUUUAAGUUUACUGUUUUUUUUAAA